ACAUCUUUUACUUUGGACGCCUUUACCACCUUUACACUACAUACCGUUGGUCUCUUCUCAUAUCACAACGGAUCGCAACUCUCAUUCACACCAACAAGCCCGUAAUAUCUGGGCAUCUUUCAACACAAUUGAGAAACGAGAAGGGACCAAGAGAGUUCUUUCAAAAUGUGUUUCGACCAACCUGUCGAAAAAUACUACUACCACGAGGAGAUCGUCCCGGCACGAAGACAUCAUCACCACCCCCAUCAUCACCAUCAUCACCACUCGUCUCGCUCCAGCUACUCGAGCCAUGCUCCGCGAGCACACUAUUCACCAAGUCCAAGAGCCAGCGUAACAAGCUAUAGGAGCAGCAACCCUGUGGUAUAUGAAUACGACAGGACUGUCAAGACGAGAUACUAGCAGGUCAAGCCUGGAAAUCUGUUUUGGAAUAUGGCGUUCUUGGAAUGGUUUGGGCUUUGGGGGUAUGGUUUACACGAUAAAAGGCAUGGGAAAAUAGAUGGUCGCAUGGGAAGUUGCGUUGUAAGAGCAGAUACCAGGACAGCCUUUUGGUUGAAGACAGGUUGGGACUUGGGAUAGACUUCACAGGGAAUUAUGUUGGACUAUGGAUCUCAAACGAUAAUGAAGACAGCUCACCAUAGCC